UAAAACAAUUGUUUAUCUGAAAGGAAAAAAAAUAAAAUCAGUUUAUCCUUUUAGAUAAUGCCACUUGUGGUUUGUGUGCCUUUAGGUUUGAGCUAAAGUGAUAAGUUAAAAACUUUUUGAGUUUGAAAAACAGCAUUGAGUGAUAAACCCAGAAAGAAAGAGCAUUUUUUUCCUUCUUUCCAUUAACUUGUUGUCAUAGUCAUGGCAUCUUCCUUCUCAACACAGUUGGUUCAGAGUCAGAACUUACUUCCUCGUUUUCAUGCUGUACAGGGGAAGCCACAUGUAGUGUGUAGCAGUGUCAGAUCACAGCUUGGAUGUAGUAAAUUGUCAUCAAGCUAUCAUUACGCAGCGAGGCUUUCUGUGUCACAAAAAUCUAAAGCGAAAUCAAUCACUUCUCGGAGAAUAACAUGUUCUAGUAGUGCUACUGAAAAUGUUGAAGAGCUGCAAGCCAAAGUAACAAACAAGGUUUUCUUUGAUAUAGAAAUUGGGAAUAAACCUGCUGGAAGAAUUGUUAUUGGCCUAUUUGGAGAUGUUGUUCCCAAAACAGCUGACAAUUUCCGAGCUUUGGCCACUGGAGAGAAAGGAUAUGGCUACAAAGGAUCCUUCUUCCAUCGUAUAAUCCCAAAAUUCAUGAUUCAGGGAGGCGACUUCACUGAAGGAAAUGGAACUGGUGGAGUCAGUAUCUAUGGUGGUAAAUUUGAAGAUGAGAAUUUUGAUUUGAAGCAUAUUGGUCCCGGAGUUUUGAGCAUGGCGAAUGCUGGUCCUAAUAGCAAUGGCAGUCAAUUUUUUAUUUGCACUGUACCGACUCCAUGGUUAGACAAUAAGCAUGUUGUGUUUGGACAUGUCAUUGAGGGAAUGGAUAUUGUGAAGACACUUGAAUCACAGGAGGUAAGCAGCUACAACAAUUAUCCCGAGAAACCAUGCAAAAUCGCUAAUUCUGGAGAACUGCCUAUAGAUGGUUGAUCUUUACUCUGAAGUGCUGCGCAUUCUUCUUACUGUGUCAAGUGCAAUUUAGUUACGGAGGGUGUUUCAGGAGGAAGGGGUUUUGUUCAAUUCGUGUGUUUGAAUUGUCAUCGCUCUGUUCAAAUAAAAUUAAAUGCACCGAAAGGUCAUUUAGCGAAUUACUUAUUUUGUAAGGAGAGAUACAAUACAAACAUUUUGCAUUACAAGACCUGUACCAAAAUCCUUAUAAUAUAAUUGUACUUUUGUAUUCUAAA